UCAAGUCACACUCUUAGGAUGGCAUCCAACAACGUUACCUCAGACGAGGCACGCCGCGCUGCCCAAAGCUAUCUCAACAACCGCCUUACCACAAAGACAGAUGGCCCAGCUAGACCCUUCAACGUCCCCAUCAUCGACAUAUCUUCAACUUUCAACGGCUCUCUCACCGACAAGAAAGCAGUAGCAGCUCAAAUCCGGGACGCCUGCACCAACAGCGGGUUUUUCCAGAUCACCGGCCACAAUGUUCCCGAAUCCGUUCGUCAAGGCGUGCUAAACCAAGCUUCUCGCUUCUUCAAGGAAUUGCCUCCUGCUCAAAAGGACGAGUUGCAUGUUAAGCACAAUGCUCUGAUGCGUGGAUGGGAACCUUCAGAUUACACCUAUGUGAAUCCUGAUGAUUGGGCUACUGCUGCAGUGCCAGAGACCAAAGAAGGCUUUAACUGGGGAUAUGAAGCUUCCCUUGACCCUACAGGUGGUGAUGGAAAAUAUCGCGAUUUGGAUGGCAGUACCGAGAAUGGCAAUGUGUGGCCUACUGAAUCCUCUCUUCCUGGCUUCAAGCAAGAUAUCGCCGAGUACUAUGGUCAGGUACUGCAACUAGCCCGCCAUCUAUUCAGACUUUUCGCUCUGAGUUUGGAAUUGCCUGAGAACCAUUUUGAUCAGAUGAUGACGCAUCCAGGCGGUAUUUCUCGCCUGUUGUAUUAUCCUCCUUCUAAAGAUCCUAAGCCAUUGGAUCCCAAUGAAGCAGAUAAGGAAGUUGGUCUAGGCUCUCACACCGAUUAUGAAUGCUUUACUCUGCUGCUCUCCUCAACAACCCACGGUCUGGAGAUCUUGACUCCUGAGAACGUGUGGACUCCUGCAGAAGCUGCUGAAGGCGCUUUCAUCGUCAAUGUCGCAGAUUUCUUGAUGAGGUGGACGAAUGGAGUUUACAAGAGCACUGUUCAUCGUGUGGUCAACAGAACCACAAAGGAGAGAUAUAGUGUUCCUUUCUUCUUUAGUAUCAACUAUGAUCAACAGGUCGAGGUAAAUGACAACCCAUCGAGAUAUCCGCCCAUUCGUGCUGGCGAGUAUAUCCUCGAACGCUUGAAGGCCACUGUCAAGGAUGGUUAG